CUGGAGAAAGUAGUGAGGCAAACAUUUUUCACUUCAAUGAAACGGUCUAUUUGCUAAAAAUCUACAUUACCGCGAAAUUGAAAAUAUGUAUAGGAUUUGCUGUUAGGUUUCUAAAGUCUAAGCCACAUUGAAUGGGCGAAUCCGAAUACACAAUUAUAAGGAUGGAGAUGUCAUGUCUGGACCUGGCCCUGAAGGGAGAGCGGCAGUGUAAGGUGGGGGAUUACCACGCUGGGGUCUCCUUCUUCGAGUCGGCCAUCCAGGUGGGCACAGACGACCUCCAGAUCCUCAGCGCCAUUUACAGCCAGCUGGGCAACGCCUACUUUCACCUGCAGGAGUAUAGCAAGGCUCUGGAAUACCACUGCCAUGACCUCACCCUCACCAGAACCAUUGGGGAUGAACUUGGAGAAGCAAAAGCCAGUGGCAACCUUGGAAACACCCUGAAGGUUCUGGGACGGUUUGAUGAAGCAGUGGUCUGUUGCCAAAGACACUAUGACAUUACCAGAGGGAUGUACGAUAAGGUUGGGCAGGCCAGAGCGCUGUAUAAUUUUGGCAACGUUUACUACUCCAAGGGGAAGAGUAUCUGCUGGACUGGAGCGGAGCCAGGAGAAAUCUCAGAGGAGGCCAAGUUUGCACUAGUCAAAGCCACAGAGUAUUACGAAUUAAACCUGUCCAUUGUGAAGGACUUGGAGGAUCGGGCAGCACAGGGACGAACCUAUGGUAACCUAGGUAACACAUACUAUCUGCUCGGAAACUUCCAGAAAACUGUGGGGGCCCAUGAACAGCGUCUCCUCAUCGCUAAGGAGUUUGGGGACAGGGCGGCUGAGAGGAGGGCCUACUGUAACCUAGGGAACGCCUACAUCUUCCUGGGCCAGUUUGGAGUGGCAGCUGAACAUUACAAGAGGACUCUGCAGCUGGCCAGGUUGCUGAAGGACAAGGCUGUGGAGGCUCAGGCCUGUUACAGCCUGGGGAACACCUACACACUGCUGCACGACUACGAGAGAGCCAUCGACUACCACAUCAAACACCUCAUCAUCGCACGUGAGCUCAAGGACAGAGUCGGGGAGGGAAGAGCGUGCUGGAGUUUAGGAAAUGCUCACACGGCCCUGGGGAAUCAUCAGGAUGCCAUUCACUUUGCUGAGAAACAUCUGGAGAUAUCCAUAGAGACUGGAGACAAAAAUAGCGAGGCAACAGCCAGGAUGAACUUGUCAGACCUGAAGUUAUUGCUGGUUCUGGGUCAGAACCCAAGCUCAAGCCUCAACACCAACAGCAGCUCCAACUUUAACAGCAACAGCUCUGUUCUGACUGAGAACCUCAGGAAGCAGAAUACCUUACCAGGCGUUAAGUCAGAAGGAAGGAGGAACAGUAUGGAGAACUUGGAGGUGGUAGGACUGAGUCCUGAAAAAACUGUGGAGAACUGGGACGAAGGCGUGUUCAGGCCUCCUAAUCCUAAAUCCAGCAUGGCCAAGGCCUCCUCCAAGCUGUUCUUUAUCAACCGGCUCAGAGGGAAGAAACACAAGAAGCACAGCUCUCCUACCAGAGACGGAGUUCUCCAGGACGCCAGCAACAAACCCACAGCCCCAGAGACGGACACACAGAAGUCAGAAGCCAAGAUUGGAGGUUCUGACACUCUGGGUGAUGAAGGCUUCUUCGACCUCCUAAGUCGCUUCCAGGGCAGCAGAAUGGAAGACCAAAGAUGCUCCUUAUUGGACGACCAGAGCAGUCUCACCGACCCCUCUCUCUGUACCACCCCGCCCGUAGCCAUGAGGAAAUUAACUACUUCCGUGUGCGAGGCCAACCUGGAGCCUGAGCAUUUCCUGGACCUGCUGGCCACCUCCCAGGGCCGUCGGCUGGACGAGCAGAGAGCCAGCGUGGGCAGCAGCUUCCCCGGUCUACGUCUGUGCACCUCCAAUCAUUCCCUCAGCCCCCCCACCAUGAUCAGUCCCCUGAUGACCAGUGCUGACCAGCCUCAGGCUGAUGAUGUUUUCUUCGACAUGCUAGUCAAGUGCCAGGGUUCUAGACUGAAUGACCAGCGGUGUACAGCGCCCCCUCUCCCCACUAGAGGUUCUACUGUCCCAGACGAGGACUUCUUAAGCCUCAUCCUGCGAUCCCAGGCCAACAGGAUGGACGAGCAGCGGGUCCCACUACCUCCCAGCUCUGACGCUGUCCCUAGCCAGCCCUGCCCAGACUGAUGACCUAUAUGUCUGCCUACCUAUCCUCUAACUUCAGCUCAGCCCUGAACUCCUCAAGCAUGUUCCAGACUGACUAUCCCACUUUUACCUGCCCAGGCAUGAGCUCCUCAAGACUGAUGCAAUCAUCACAUGGUUUCCUCUACCACAGCUGAAAAUGUAUCUACCCUGUGAACCCAAAUAACCUCUGCCAGACAUUCACGACAAUAUUCCCUUUACACUCUGGAUUCACACAGUCAAUUACAUGGGUCUCCAACUCCACACAACUUUCAAUUGAUUAGUGGACAGUCUUCUCUGCAGGGAAACAUGAUCUGAGCCCCCACACUACUGUAGAAUCACCAGAUUUGAGUUGGAAGAAGCGACAUGAACUUGACUCCUGCUGAAAUUGUUUUUUAUUUUUUAUUUCUAUACAUAGUGUUUGAGUUGACACUUUCGAGUACUGUACAGAAAUGUUAUUCUGGCAGAGAUUUUCAAAUAAUUUUUUUGAUAUGGUGACGGAUCCUUUCAGCUGUUCUCAGUAUGUGAAGAACCAGACAUUACAAUGAACUUUGACACCAUUUUACCAGACAUGUCAUAAACACCUUUAAAUGAAAUGUAAAUUUUGUGACACGCAAGCUUAUGUUGAUAGAAGAGUAUAGAAAUAUGAUGUGCAGAAAAAUUAAUUGUACAGUACAAUGUUUUUUUACUUCCAGUUUAUGCUGACCAUGGGAAAAUAAAUCCUAAUUUCAACAGA